AUGGGGCUAUCCCGGGGAGCUAAUCUCUCGCGCGCUGAAAAAGGCGAACAUGGACUGGCCAGGGGAGGACGUGUUCGACCCCCGGCAAUUGUCAUGCCGUUCAUGGGGGGUGGAUGUUUCCGGUCCUGCAUCGGACCCUGCAUCGGUUCCUGCCUCGGGUCCAGACUCGGAUACUGA